AUGCAGAGCACAGUUAAUACGAGCAAUAUGAGCAUUAGUGUUGCAUUUUAUUUAUUCCAACCCUUCAGCCAGAAAGUACUGCUUGUUCAGAUACUUGUUGGGAUUUUCCUGUAUGUGAAUUCUCUCAUGAUUUUUACCUUCCUAAAAAAAGAAAUUUUCAGGGAAGAUACUCGAUAUGUUUUGUUUGCACUGACACUUUUCAGUGAUACUGUCCUCAUGGUGAUAACUGACUUGGCUUUACUAGGGAUUUAUUACAAUAUUCUUAUUCCAAUGAUUCCAUGUUGUAUACUUUGCACGCUUAUGAACUGGCUUAACGACUGUACUCCUGUGACACUGGUGGCCAUGUGCCUAGAGCGCUAUGUGGCCAUCUGCAUGCCACUAAGACACGCUGACAUCUCCAACUCCAGAAACAGAAAAAUUGGUCUUCUGAUCAUUUGGACUAUCAGUUCUGUGAUAUCAUUUGUUAAUCUGUUUGGAUUUCUAGCUGUUAACCCAUCUCACAUUAUGUUGUCUUAUGUUGUGUGCAGUGUAGAGGUGCUCCUCACAUUUACCUGGCAGGCUCAAUUAAGAGCAGUUCUUCUACAAUUAUAUUUCAUCUGUUUGUUUGUCAUUAUUGUGUUCACUUAUAUUAAAAUUAUGAUGGCUGCAAGAGCUGCUUCUUCAGACAAUAAGAAAUCAACAUACAAGAGUCUCAGAACAGUGGCUCUUCAUGCCUUUCAGCUCUUCCUCUGUUUAGUUCAGCUUUUAAGCCCAUAUGUGGAAUUAGCAGUUUUGCAGAUUAAUUUUAUGCUGUUUCUUGAUGUAAGAUAUGCCAAUUUUGUUGUGUUUAUUAUCGCCCCACGCUGUUUAAGCCCACUCAUUUAUGGACUGAGAGAUGAAAAGUUUUUCCUUUUUUUUAAACAUCACGCCUUGUUUGGUCUUCCAAAGGUGGUUUCAGCUGUGUUUGAUGCAAAUCUGUGUAGACUGAAAACUGUCAAAACACAACCAAUCCACACCGUUUCCUAA